UGAGAAUUACAAGAGAUCCAACGAGAUCUUUGGCUCUCUGCAAUAAAAUAUCCACGCUAUUUUGACUUGUUACAGACAUUUGUUUUCAAGUUGAAGUAAGAUAAAAAUUAAAACAUAUAUUAAGUUUGGUAAAACAUGACUGAAAACAAUGUUGAGAUGCAAACCAACGAAGAAUUACAAUCCAAGGCGAAGACGUCGGGAAAAAGACGCCAGAAUAGUGAAACUCACAUGGAAGUCGAUGCGGUGAAUGGUAUCGAAGGGAAGUCGAGAACUAAAUCUUCUGUCAAACGAGCAAAAAAUGUCCAAGGUGGUGAACAACGGAAGGUUCCAGUGCCUGCGCAUAGAUAUACACCGCUUAAAGAGAAUUGGAUGAAGAUCUUCACCCCUGUUGUUGAGCAUCUACAACUUCAAAUUCGCUUUAAUUUGAAAUCUAGAAAUGUUGAAAUUCGUACAUGCCCUGACACACCUGAUAUAUCAAAUCUUCAAAAAGCUGCUGAUUUUGUGCGGGCAUUCAUCAAUGGUUUUGAAGUCGAAGAUGCAUUGGCCUUAUUGCGGUUGGAUGAUUUAUUUGUCGAAACAUUCGAGGUUCAAGAUGUGAAACCACUGAAGGGUGACCAUUUGUCCAGAGCGAUAGGUAGGUUAGCUGGCAAAGGGGGUAGAACAAAAUUUACCAUUGAAAAUGUGACAAAAACAAGAAUAGUUUUGGCUGAUACUAAAAUUCAUAUUCUUGGAUCUUUCCAAAAUAUACAACUUGCACGAAGAGCAAUUUGCAAUUUAAUCUUGGGAAGUCCACCAUCAAAAGUUUAUGGUCAAUUGAGGAAUGUGGCUGGCCGAAUAUCAGAGCGAUUGUAAUUAAACAUUUCAUUCAAAACUUCCCAGCAAAAUUUAUUUUCCUUUUAUGUUUACCAUAUUGCUAACAAAAGUAAACCGUGUCAGUGAAAAUAACAGUCUUGAAUAUUUGGAUUGAGCAAUUGUAAGAGAUUAGCCAAUUCUCAUUUGCUUCGAUACAAACUGCUUACGUAUAAUUAUGUGUAUUUGUGGAUAACUUUUUUUUGUACACUGGAAGAAAUACUUCAAACUAUUGUACAUAAUUCAGAGAGAGGAAUAUAAAUCCUACCUUUUGUCUAUGGCAAAAAUUAUUUCAUAUUUUUACUCAUGGCUUCAAUCAUCUCUUGCGAGUUGUAACAAAGUAUGUAUGUCGUGUUAAUUACAUAAUACUCUGUAUCAACUGCAGGUUGAUUGGUAUAUCAAUAAUAUUGGUCGUCACUUGUACCAGUUGAGCAAUUCUUUACUCUUACGCAAAAUGAAAACUAGGUUUUUUCUAAAUUUAUAUAAAAUUUAAUUCUUUAUUACUUUUAAUAUUUACAAUAGUAUUUGGUACUUAUAUUUUCGAGGCACUUUGUUAAUUACCAGUCUGCCAUCGUAACUCAGUGACGCGAAAGUCCACGGGUCAGCAGAUGACCAUUCAACUCCAUAAACACUGUCUUCAUGCUCCUCGUACCUUCCUACAACGCUAUCUUCCAUUCUGGAAUUGUUGGUUAUAUAAAAUAGAAUUGAUCUUCAGAGUCGGUAAUAGAUCUUUAAUCGAUGCUUGAUCAAAACUUGACUUUGACCCUUGAGUGUAAGUACCGGGCACAUAAUUGAGCAAGCUCUAUUGAAAAUUAUUCACGAAUCCCAAUAAUAACGAACAUGGAUUGAUAUUUAUCUCAUCAUGCGUCAUAA